AUGUCGUACAACGACAGCUCGGUCACACGCGGGUUCAGCUUCAACAGCAGCGACAACGGUUGGCCGAUACCACCUGCACGAUUCAGGCAAGAGGUGAGCACGUGGGGUCACUGCUAGUGAGUGAUGUUAGGUCAAUACUGACCAGCAGCACCGAGAACGGCGACCUUGGUAGCGGCAGAGCGCGAGGUCGAGAAGGCACGACGGCCGAGAGCGCGGGUAGCGAUGGGGGAGAUCAUGAUGACUGGAGGGGCACCAAGGGAAGCCGUCAGUAUUACAUACGUGGCUGUAACGAGGACGGUACCCACUUUUUUGGGGGGGAAGGUGUGUUUACGGCGGAAAGGAGAGCGAUGACGGAACUGGCGGCGGCGCGGGCGGCGCAGUGCAUUUGUCCGAGUUCUUCCGGCGGUAAUAGUGCGGUAAUGCUCGCCGGCAGGGAAUUCAAAAUGGAGCAGGAUUCCUCUCGACUUGAUGCCAUCCACGCCGUUUGGGGCAAUGCAUCGACGAAGAUAAACAGGUACUACAAUGCACAAAUGUAUGGUAUACAAGAUGGGUGCUAA